CUUUGUCGCCACCGCCGCGUGCAUCAACUUCGACAAGUUGAUAACGUUACGUCGAUGGCGGCGUGCGCCAGCAAUGACCAGUCAGAUCAAGGAGCGUGUGCAUGGCAGCCAUAUCGGUCAUGCUUGGUUCCUCGCAGUUAUCGAGAACUUUGAAUAAGAAGCUCGUAACUCAGAAACCCCAUUUGAAACGCUCACGGUGAUGCGACCCCGAGGCAGUAGAAGUGACACGGACCAUGUCCGCGAAGCGAUCCAAGACGCCAUCCAACAACGUGUGCAUGCCUUAGAGUUCGCUGGAGACGACAAAAUCAGUCAUGAGAACAACCUCAUCUGUUCGUCGCUACGUGAAGACGUGGUGUCGGUGGCAUGCCGGGUGUUAGAUCAUUGCAUUCAAGCAGAGUCGUUAGACACGACGGAUGCGCGUCUCCAGCUGCAAUUUGUUCGCCGCAUGCUGUCCAAGGUUACGACCAUUCCCAUAAUGACAUGCAAAAAUGACAUGGAACUAGGCUGUGGAACUCGACUCUGUCGCAGCCCAACUCGGUAACCAAGCGACCCACGACCUCGUAGCGACAACGCCCAGCAAUGUCCACGAGGAUGCCUUGGCCCCAUCCAUUCGGUUAACGCAACAUCUCAAAGCCCCCUUGCCACCAGCAGCUAGAGGCGGCAUCAAGGUGUCUGCUGCAAAAGCAUCCACGUCAAUGUCGUCGAAACUCAAACGCAAUUAGCAGCAAAUCCGUGUUGAUUUGCACGCAGAUUCUAUAUACCGUGCCGACGCCCACCUAACACUGUAAAUGUGAUUUUCCAUUAACGUUA